UGUUCAGCCAAGUUCUUUCUGUAUCUUCGAAUUUAUUGGAUACGAUAUAUAGAUCUUUGCCAAUGAUUCGCAACGACUAUCGACAGUUGUAAAAUUUAUACGAAGACUAACUACCGUUUAAUUGAAGCUUACGAAAUGUUCUUUUAGCGAUUACAAUAGAAAUCCAAUAAAAGAAAUUGUUCGUCUACGAGUGUACGAAGAUCGGUGCAGAUUUUCGACACAACCAACUCGAAAGAGAAAUUCAUAUUCGCGCGCUUGUUGCGGUAUUGUAUCUAUUGCAAUUUCUCGUACAACGAAGUGUGAAGAAACAUGAGGCCGCCAUACAACGAAGGAGAGGUGCAGCAGAUCUCGCAGGAGCAAGGCGAAAGAAAUGUUGCGAUGGCAGUUUGCGUUCAACUGGCUGGUCGGGCGAUCAUCCGAGUGGUUUCACGGUGUGAGGAAGCCCAAGAUAAUUGUAACUUAGACUUGUCUGAGUGCCAGCUCAUGCAAAUCCCAGACGCAGUUUACCAUCUGAUGCGGCAUACGGAGUUGAAGAGAUGCGACCUCUCCGGUAACGUGAUCACAAAAAUUCCAGCAAAGUUUGCUGUGAAAUUUUCAUUAAUCACUGAACUGAAUUUAAGUCACAAUCAGAUGAGCAAGCUGCCUGAAGAGUUAGCCGAACUGCAAGCUCUGGAGAGACUCGAUAUCUCGCACAACACUUUCAUCUCUCUGCCAUCAGUAGCUUGGCGGAUACCGCACCUGAAACGACUUCUCGCUAGCAACAAUUUUAUUAUUGAUAUUGAUGUCGAGAGGCUCAGGCACGCACCUGUUCUAGAAUUUAUUGAUCUGCAAGCGAAUCCUCUUCCGCCGAGAUUGCACGAUCUUCUACGUACUCUGAGGAUCACAAUUGAGCUUACUCCUCGGCAAAUCGAAGAUUGGGAAGACUUGAACGUUUAAGUCACCUCCCAAGCGAGAGCAGCCUAUUUCGCGACGGAAGACGACGGAGAGGCGGUUCCGUCCCUCGUAUUCUUUCGACGAAAAUUGCUCAAAACUUUGCGCGUACUAGAAGUAGAAUCAAUAUUUUGUACAGUGAUAACGCGAGCUGUGUGAUAACAAGUGCCGCGGAUCGUAAAUCGAUGAUUCGCUUGUAUCUUUUGUAAAUGUCACUAUAGUGAUUUGUAUCUGUACUUAAUUAUCACGGAUCUGUUACUGGAUAUCAAUCAUGUAAUUUUUUCCUU